AACUAACAAAACUAUACAUACCUACACAAUGAACAUGGAUAUCGACACUAGUGGACCCUCGGUGACUAUCCGAGAAGCCGAGAGAGACCAUGUGAACUUCAUUCUCAAAAAUGUCAGUCUUGCCCUGGCAAACUCUAUCCGACGCACCAUGCUUGCCGAAGUGCCAACCCUUGCCAUCGACUUGGUGGAAAUAGACGUCAACACCAGUGUGUUGGCCGAUGAAUUCAUCGCCCAUAGACUCGGAUUGAUUCCGCUUGUCAGUGAGGGCAUUGAAAACUUGACAUAUUCCAGAGACUGCACCUGUGAUAACUACUGUAGCAAAUGUUCUGUCCGAUUAGAACUUACUGCCAAGUGUGAUAGUGACUCCACCAUGAGUGUAUAUGCAUCCGAUUUGGCUAAAUUCCAUAACGGGUCCAGAUUGGGUGACCCGGUCAUUAGAGAUGCCCAAGGAAGAGGCUCGCUCAUCUGUAAAUUAAGAAAACAUCAAGAGCUUAGAAUUGUGUGUAUUGCCAAAAAGGGGAUUGCUAAAGAACACGCCAAAUGGUCGCCUUGUGCUGCAGUGGGGUUUGAAUAUGAUCCAUGGAAUAAAUUAAAGCAUACAGAUUACUGGUAUGAAAUUGACGCCGACAAGGAAUGGCCCAAGCUGGAAAACUGUGAAUGGGAAGAAAUGCCCGAUCCAGAAGCUCCAUUUGAUUAUACUGCCAAGCCAACUAAUUUCUAUUUCGAUGUGGAAACCGUGGGUAACUUGCCUCCUAAUGAAGUAGUGGUUAGGCUGAUUGAAACUUUGCAAAGAAAAUUGGCCGAUAUCGCUAUCGAAUUGAAUAAAGAGAGCGUGGAAGCCAGUAAUGCUAAUGCAGGUGGGUUUACUACUUACGGAAGAGAUUAUGAUGGUGAUUCUCCCAUGGGUAGAACUCCAUACGGGGAAUGGGGACAGUAGUUAUUAGUCAUAUUGCAUUUGUAGACACAGUCUUUGUAUAAUUUUAAUGUGUAUUAUUAGUGUUGAAACUAUUUCUAUGUAGCACUCUGAUUCUUGUUCCAUGCAACGACAUCAUCAAACUUUACAAGCUUGCCCCCAAAGAUGUCCAAUGCACUACCAUAAGUCAAAUCAACUUUACCUCCACUCAAUUGUUUAACUACGUCUAAAUCUUGGGCCAGCUUUGCACCACCAGCAUAUACGAUUUUCCCUUCGAAUCCACUGGGACACCAUUGACCUAGUUUCUCAACCAAUGUCUCGUCAAUACCUUGACAGAGUCCUUCUACAUCGGCAGCAUGUAUGAGAAACUCGUCGCAAUAUUCCCCUACUUCACUCAAGAAUGUCUCUGAUAAUACACUAGUGGUGAGUGUCUGCCAUUUAUUCAUAGCCACUACCCAUUGUGAUUCACCUUGGUUCACUACCGUACGGCAACUCAAGUCAACAAUCAAAUUUUCUUUGCCCACUUUUUCGCUCACCUUCUUCAACUUGUCCCAAUCAAAAGCCAUAUCUUCGCCAACUUUACUAAAUAAAUAACUAGUGACAAUGACAUGGGAAGCACCUUUGUCCAACCAUUCCAGUGCAUUGUCGUAGUUUAUCCCACCACCAACUUGCAACCCACCAGGCCAGGUCUUUAAUGCGAGUUCCGCAGCUUCGUCAUUGGCAGGAUUUGAUCCUAGCUUUAUAACGUGACAUCCAGUGACGUUGUGAUCGUGGUAGAGACCAGCAUAGUGAGAUGAAGGAAACGACAGGACAAAGUUUGUUGUGGUAGAGUUUGUAUGGGUGGUGUCGUCCUGUGUGAGUGUUCCUCCGACGAUUUGCUUGACUUGACCGGAAUGAAUGUCUAUGCAGCCUCUGAAUUUUGUCAUGUUUCUGAAUUGGAGAGAGAGGUGAGUCAAUUGUUUGGACGACGUUUUUGAUAUCGCGAUUUUUCAGAGUCAAGUAGUCGCUGCUAUCAGUGCGAAUUGUCUUGUGAAUAAUACCACAAUUUCCACUACAAGAUUCAAGUGUAUAGUUAUAGCUAUGUAAGUUUAAAGUUCAAGAUCGUUUGUCUC